AUGGCCCAUAUUAAUUGCACCCAAGUACAGGAGUUUAUUUUUAUGGGCCUCGCGAAUCAAAAGGAGUGGAAGAUGCCUCUUUUUGUGGUUUUCUUAACCAUCUACCUCUUUACAGUAGUAGGCAAUCUAGGUUUGAUCCUAGUUAUUAAAACUGAUGCAAAACUCAACACACCAAUGUACUUCUUUCUUAGCAACCUGGCUUUUGUUGAUUUCUGUUAUGCUUCUGUCAUUACCCCCAAAAUGCUUGGGAAUUUCUUAUACAAACAAAAUGUUAUCUCCUUCAAUGCCUGUGCUGCUCAGUUAGGCUGUUUCCUCACUUUCAUGGUAUCUGAGUGUUUGCUACUCGCUUCCAUGGCUUAUGAUCGGUAUGUGGCCAUUUGUAACCCUCUCCUCUACAUGGUUGUGAUGUCCCCAGGAAUCUGCAUUCAGCUUGUAGCUGUCCCCUAUAGCUAUAGCUUCCUGAUGGCACUGUUUCAUACCAUCCUCACCUUUCGCCUCUCCUAUUGCCACUCUAAUGUCAUCAACCAUUUCUAUUGUGAUGACAUGCCUCUCCUCAGGCUAACUUCCUCAGACACACACUCCAAACAGCUGUGGAUCUUUGCCUGUGCUGGUAUCACGUUCAUUUCCUCUGUUCUCAUUGUCUUUGUCUCCUACAUGUUUAUUAUUUUUGCCAUCCUGAGGAUGCGCUCAGCUGAGGGAAGACGCAAAGCCUUCUCCACAUGUGGCUCCCACAUGCUGGCAGUCACCAUAUUCUAUGGGACCCUGAUCUUUAUGUACUUACAGCCAAGCUCUAACCAUUCCCUUGACACAGAUAAGACGGCCUCUGUCUUCUACACAGUGAUCAUUCCUAUGCUGAAUCCCUUGAUCUACAGUCUCAGGAAUAAGGAUGUGAAAGACGCCCUGAAGAAAGUCACCAUCAAUAGAAACCAGGCUUCUGGGUUCCUGAAAUUUGAAAAAUGA